AUGCCUUUAUCAGAAAUCGCACAUAUUGAUAAAACUACCCAAGAACAUCAAAAUGUUUCUACAAUUAAUAAAGGUAAACAAACAAUAUCUACCACUGCCGUCGUUAUUCAAAAGGAUUCGACUACUCAACAUUCAAAUAAUAACCCCAGUAGUAAUGGUGGUGGUGGUAUUAAAAGUAUUAAAUAUGAGAAUGGUAACGACAUUAGUUAUAAUAAUGGCAACAAUGACUCUAGUAAUAAUUCUGCCACUAUUAAUUCUAAUAAACCUGCUUCUGCCAAUCUGAAAUCGUCACCUCCACAUAAUAAUAAUCAAACUAUUAACGUAUCAGUACUUUCUCAAUCUAAAGCAUCUUCGUCAUCAGAGAACCAAACAGAGCCAUUGGAAUCAGCUCCACCUACCACGGGAAGUUUUAAUCAAUUUUCUAUAAAUCAAGAAAAAUCAAACAACGCAUCACAAAAUAACUCUCCUCAAUCUCAAUCAAAACCUAAACCAUUUACUUGUCUUGAGUGUAAUCAAACAUUUAGUCGCCAACACAAUUUAAAAUCACAUGCAUUAACACACUCUAAAGAAAAACCAUACAGAUGUGAUGUUUGUCAACAUUUUUUCCGUAGACAGCAUGAUUUGAAAAGACACUUAAAAUUACAUACCGGUGAAAAACCUCAUCAAUGUCAACACUGUAAAAGAAAAUUUGCAAGAAUGGAUGCAUUGAACAGACAUUUACGUGCUGAAACCUUUUGUGGUGGCCCGCAGAAAAAAAUCUUUCAAGGCCAAGACUCAAAGACAAAGAUAGAAUUGUCUGUUCAACAGCCACUUCAACAAGCUACGCCACAACAAAUCUCACAGCCACAGCUACCUUCUUCUACUUCUAUUAUUCCCGCCUCUCAACCACAACCCCAACCUGGAAAAGCCACACAAAACACAACCAGUGUUACAUUCUGA